ACAGGUCAAAAUGAAGGUCCUCUUGCUCGGUGUCACUGGGAACGUUGGCUCUCGGCUGCUCCCCGCGCUCAUCGCCCAUAAGCACCAAAUCGUCGGCUAUGUGCGCUCACCUAACAAACUCUCUGCCCAAGUCAAAUCCAAUCUCGAUUCUAUUGUCGUCGGGUCUGCCACAGACAGUGCCGCCAUCAAGGCUGCUAUCCUCAUCCAUAACUGCGAUGCCGUCGUCAAUGCUGCGGGUGUCGCUGCAAAGACGCCUUUCCAUUCCGCUGGAGACUUCCCCGCUAUUUUUGCGGCGGUCGUAAAGGCCGCUACGGAGGCGGGGCGAGAGCGAAAGGCCCCUAUUAGGUGUUGGCUUAUGAGCGGUUUCGGCAUACUCGACCACCCAAAGAAGCCUCAUUUGUUCGUUGACUAUAUCCCUCUCUUCCCAACCCAUAAGCCAAACUACCAACUUAUCAAAUCAUAUGCCGCUGAUGAUCUCGCCUGGUCGCUCUUUUGUGCAAACGAAUUGAUUCCAAAAUACGACACGCCUCAAUACCCUGCUCCCGCAGACUGUUCCGCUAAUAACCUCGUGGUCCAAGCUGACUCUCCACCAGCCUGGAGUAAUAAGUUUUGCAAAAUACCACUCAUCGGAGGCUAUCUAAAUGUUAUGGCACAGGCGCAGGAGUAUUUUGCUGUAUUGGAGAAUAUUGUGGACAUGAUAGCUGCUGAUCUGGAAAAGGGUCUAAACAGUGAAUACGUGGGGAAGAGAGUUGGCGUUAAGGAAAAGAGCAAGUUCCAAUGA